AUGUCUCUUAAUACGGCUCAUGCCGAUCAUGGAGUAUUAAUAUAUACAGGAGAGUGUAUUAUAUUAUUUUCGGACAAUGUCACAGUUGAAUUUUAUGGAAAUGACACACCGGAGUUCAAGGGCCCAAAAAAUGGGCGAAUGUACCUCACCACUCAUCGUAUGAUUUACAAUUCAAAGAAUUCGUCUGACACACUAAGGUCCUUCAGUUUCCCGUUUAUUGCUCUGGGAGAUGUUACUGUUGAACAGCCAAUGUUCUCUGCUAAUUUUAUACGAGGAAAGGUGACCGCACAGCCUAACGGUAACUUCAUGGGCGAAGUAAAGUUUAAGCUGGUAUUUAAAUCUGGUGGAGCUAUUGAAUAUGGACAAGCAAUGCUGAAGGCCGCACACCUUGCUUCUCGUAAUUUAUCACCCGGUGCUGCUCCACCGCCGUACACGCCGCCGACCGGACCAUGGUACGCUGCGCCACCACCAGCUUACGCGCCGCCAGCUCAGGGUUAUUAUGGAUGGGUACCUCCUUAUACAACUUUCCCAGACCAACCUCCGCCGAACUCAGUAUUCAUGUCGAACGAACCUCCGCCGUAUCCAGGUGUGACGGGAGUAGUGUAUCCGCCAGGCGGAGGUUUUUCCGGAGCACCCGCACCUUCCAGCGCUACAGGUGCGGGCUUCCCUUCAGCACCGCCUGGAUACCCUGGAGCCCCAGCUGGUUACCCCGGAGCUCCAGCCGGAUACCCUGGAGCCCCGGCUGGUUACCCUGGUGCUCCGGCUGGAUACCCUGGAGCCCCGGCCGGCUUUAACGGAGCCCCGACUACUAUGUCCUCUAGUGAUGCGAAAGCUGCGGAAGCGGCACAAAGCGCUUAUUAUGAUCCCAAUAGGCCCCAGACGGCUUACGUGCCGCCUCCAUACAAUGAUCAACCGCCGACUUAUCAGGAAUCUGUGUCAAAGAAGCAAAAUUAA